UCUUCGCUGGGUUUUGUAAAUAUAUCAUCGUCACCAAUCGUAAUUCAAUCUGAGAGAAGAGGAGGAAGAUCAGAUUCCAGAUUCCAGAUUCCAGAUUCCUGAGCGUCAUCACUAAGAUCGAGAAUCGUCGGAAAUGUCAACGUUCAGUGGCGAUGAGACAGCUCCUUUCUUCGGCUUCCUUGGCGCUGCCGCAGCCCUCGUCUUCUCCUGCAUGGGAGCUGCAUAUGGGACUGCCAAGAGUGGUGUCGGAGUGGCAUCUAUGGGUGUUAUGAGACCAGAGUUGGGGAUGAAGUCUAUUGUCCCCGUUGUUAUGGCUGGGGUCUUGGGGAUCUAUGGUUUGAUUAUUGCUGUUAUCAUCAGUACCGGUAUUAACCCCAAGGCUAAAUCUUACUACCUCUUCGACGGAUAUGCCCAUCUCUCUUCUGGUCUCGCUUGUGGACUUGCUGGUCUUUCUGCUGGAAUGGCCAUUGGUAUUGUUGGUGAUGCUGGUGUUAGGGCCAAUGCUCAACAGCCAAAGCUUUUCGUUGGUAUGAUUCUUAUCCUCAUUUUCGCUGAAGCUCUGGCUCUCUACGGUCUCAUCGUCGGUAUCAUCUUGUCCUCUCGAGCUGGUCAAUCCAGAGCCGAGUGAGAAAAGAUACUGCGGUUCUUCUUGGAUUCUGCGUUGAUUCUUUCUUUGCUUUUUUCGCUCGUCUUAUAUUAUUUCUCAGGUUAGUAGAGGGCCCCCCAGUGGUUUUGCUACUUGUUAAAAACGUACUGUCUGCACGAAACAAAAACCACCCUUGUGUUAUGUUUGUAAUAUUCACUCUUAUUUAUAUAUUUUUGUCAGUCUAAUAAAAUCAUAGAAAACUCAAUUUGAUUUCUUUAUAAAACUCUUCUCUUCA